UUUCUUUUAAUUUGUUUUGUAGUUCCGUUUUGCCGUGAAUAGUUGAUUCUUGUGUUGGUUCUGGUUCUCGUAGCUCAUAUUUCACUCGAAAAGUACGUUUUAGGUGAAUUUGCAUUUGAUUUUCUGCUAGGAAAAUUAAAGGCUUUUAUGGAAAAUAUAUGCGUGUGCCUGAAUGAAUAGUGCCAAAAAUUCGCACUGAAAAUGUUUUUUGUGCAAACAGUGCAACGGUUGCAAUGUAUAGUGAAAGUGUAGGGCGAGAACGCUAAGCGUAAGAGGGAAAUUAAAAGAAAUGUUGCAAAAAAAGUACCGCGAAUUCAGUGCAAAAAAAUGAGUGUUAUUUACAAAUUAAUGAAAACUUGAAAUUUUUACUAAAAAAAAAUUUAAAAGUGUGCGGAUGUGUGUGUAUGCAUAAAAUAUGCGGUCCCACUUGCGAUUAGCCUAUUUGAGCCUCUUAUCGGUGACGUGUAUUUCGAGUUGUUUCCUCUUCUUAGUGCUUCUCACAGAGAACGCUAAAUAUGUAGUUGCAUGUAGUGAUAUAGCUGGAGCAGUGUUACCCGCUGAAACCGAUGCGCCUAGUGCCACUGACGCGCCGGCAACAGUAGCACAUGCAGAAAUUUUACCGAAUUAUAAAAAAUUGAGAAAUGAAGAAGAAGAUGCCACAAUAAUGGCCCCAAAACCAGUUGCUCCAGCUGUUUCUAAUAUGCUGGACAAUGUUGUUGACGAAGGCCUAGCAGCAGCCUCUGCAGAGGCAGAGGCAGGAACGGAGUCAACUGAAGGCUGGCUGUUGCCAAGUGCUCUUGAUAGUGCAAGUGCAACUGCAAGUGAUUUAGAUAUAAAAGAAAAUAUAAAUGAUGCAGUUAAAGCUGAAGUGCGCGAGCAAAAGCAGGAAACAGUCAAAGAGGAGUUCGCAACAGCUGAUGCUCUGCCGGCGUCGCACAGCGAUGACUUGCAAAGUGCAGAAGCAAAAGCCGGCGCACAUGAAAGAUGGAGCACAACUCAUAUGAGUUGCUACCAAACACACACACCCUCACACACUUUCUAUUGUACGCGCACAGUUCGAGUUGUUAGUGGUGAAGGUGGUGAAGGUGGUGGCAUCAGCGUCGGUGGCGGUGGCGGUGGUUAA